CAGUUUUGGAUAUUUCUAGACUAGAAACUAGUUACUAUUUGUUUCGGGGAGCCGUUGGUGAAAUUAUCAUUCUAUUAUUUCCUGUCUGCCUUCGAGCUGGAUUCUUAUUGCACAGCUAUCAGCCAGGCUUGGAAGCUGGAGUUACAGCUCGAAAACUGAAAUUGAGGCUCGACAUUGAAACCUAACAUAUCAUUUCAGAGGUCUAUCGCCUGAAUUACACCAUGAAAAAAGUAUCCGGCGAUAUAUCGCCUGGGACCAGGAAAAUGAAGGAAGCUCCUGCAACAAGAGGCCCGCCGUCUCCUACAAGGCGCAUCAAUCGGAGCAAAUCUGUAUUCUCACUUGCGCAAGAUUUCUUCAAGAUGGCGCUCAACACAUCUUCUGAUGAACCAACGCCUAGUUCCCAGAACAACUAUGCGAAGCCAGGAUCCUGGAACAUUUUUGGGUCGUUACGAGGGACAUGGACCGGUGCCAGUCCUGGUGCCAACUCCCAGAGGCCAGUGGGGCACUACGCAUCACAAUCUCUGAAACCAUCAAACAGCUACCAUGAGGAGGGUGCACCAUCUUCACUUCUAAGACAUCGCAAAAGUCUCCAAAACCUUUUCGGAACAGUUGGGAAAAGAAGCUCAAUGAAAGGACGCAGACCCGACCAAACAGUGCAGCCAAAUGUAUUGCGAAAAAGAAGCGGAGGCGCGAAUACCUUGCAGAUCCCCGACAAUCUUGGUGUUCAAUCUAUUGAAGAUGCGGAUCGGGUUCGUCCUCCGCAAACCUAUGCUGCUGGAUCUCAUGCAACAAUUGGCCGCAGAAAGGUAACAUUCAAGGAUGAAAUUGUAGAACCAGUGGCUCGCCCCGACUCCGGUGUUAGUGUUGACGCCAUUUACGCCCCUUGGUGUGACUAUCAAGGGAGCACAUCGGGACCAAGAUCUCCAGAUCAGAUGCCAAAGAAAGCGGCUCUUCUUCAACCGCACAAAGCGCCAAUAGAACCAGUUUGCUUACCAAAGAAGCCCUCAUCAGGCAUAUAUUCUGGCGGCUAUGCAGCUCCAUUUCCUCCAACAUGUUUUGGUAGGCGUGCAGCAACCCAAGAUAUGGUUCCCCGGAGUGAAUCAUGCCUUACAGGCCCUUACCCUGGAACGAUAUCUCAGAGCCUACGAAGGCUCAAAGAGAACUUGGAUUUCGGUGGCCCAGAUUAUAAUAUACUUCUCGCAAGCCCCGGUAUGCCGUCAAAAAUUGAUAUCAAUCCAUCUUUUGCAUCUCGCGCACAAGCCUUGGAUCAGAAAUAUAGGAACCUAUUGGUCCAAUCUCGACUUCAACAAACCUUGAAUACCGAACAUGUCCCACAAAGCAUUUUGGAAUCAAUCGAUCAAAAUGCCGCAAGAAUGUCUAAGAUCUUGAACAUCUCUGAGGGUCGCUCCAGCCAAAGCAGACCCUCCUGUCACUUAAACGACACAGCGCCGCUAGGCUCUCUGCCUCAGGAUAGUUCGAUAAAUGCCGGUUUUCUUGGGCAUGAAUGUGGAAUGUUUACCCAGAAUGAUAAGGUUGACAAAACCAAUGCGUCUCUCGACAAAAACGUUGUCUUGGACACCAUGCUGAAGAAUAACAAGGCUACUCCCUCAAGAGAGAAUACCAUAUGCGACGAGCGCCCCAAUAAGUCCCCAGGAAACACACUUCGUGAGACGCUAUCAGCCAGCCCCCUUCUGGUUCCGAAAAGGACGGAGACUUUGGCAUCGAAAAAGAAGCGACGCGCAAUGAGAUCAACGACUAGGAAAAGCUCUAUAGGCCCAUUCCAUAUCGACUUCCCCAAAACCGAAUUCGGCGAAGCGCGCCAUGAGACGUACCAAUCCAAGAGUGAUGCUAUUGGAAGUUUAUUCCAGAACCCGGUAGAGUAUUCAAAUUACAUUCUCUUCGACCGAGGUUUAAGCACGUUUUAUCCACAGCCUAAAGGCUACGUUUUCAAAUAUCUUGAUGAACAGUCCAACCCUAAACUAGAAUGCAUCUGGCUACCUAUGCAAUUUGGAAAUUUUAAGGGAAUGGGCCUUAGCCAAGAACUGAGUCUCAAUUGCUGUGCUGGUAACCCUCGUUGUGGCAAACACCAAUUAUCAGACAUUGGGGAAUGCGAAGGAGAAGCGCCUGGUACUUCAACAACUCAGCCCGAAGAGCUCCAAUUCAUAACAAACACACCGUCCAAUGACUCCCUACUAGAUUUGUACUUGGGCACACCGGAGGGCAAACAACAGAGGACGGAAGCAGGCAAGCUGAAACAGCCAGAGGCAACACUAGCCACGACCCUUUCGAUCCAUUUGGAAAAACCACUGGGAGAACCUGCAAGCCCCCCUAAACUAGUUUAUCCCUGGGGUGAUAUAGACGACGGAGAAAUAACAGAGCCAUUGGCUGCGGAAUACAGUAUUGGGAAGACGAAGACUUGGGCAGAUCUCGGCGUUGAGUUCAUUGACAAGUACGCUCCCAACAAAAAUGCGGACCCCCAGAAACGAGCCGUGGACGCAGCACGGAAUUUUCUCAAAGCACAAGGAAAACUUACUUCUGAUUACGACUCAGGUACCAGGCCACAGAGGAAAACAUGGUCACGGGGUAGAGAUGGAAGUGAAGAUAUUUCGUUUUUGCACAUUGAGGAUCUUGCAAGAUAUGAAACUUUGCGAGCUGAGUAUCGGAGGCAUAUGGCGAUGUUCUCUGAAAGCUCUUCCGAUACUAACAGUACCGAUGCUCUAGCUGAGGCCAAUUAUACCGCCAAAACUCGUGAAGUAUCCAGGGCAUCAUCUCGGGACAGCGGAUACGCUGGGAUAGAUGCUACGUUAGCUGAACUUCACUUGAGUUCUUGGGAAAUGUACACGAAAAGCGAGGCUGCUUCCGUAAGUUCACAGAGUAGCUCCUCGACGGCGGUAGAAGAGGUUGCAGCCUCGAAGGCUACAAGAAAGAUAACUUUAUCGCCGUCUCAUUCGCCUGAUCCAUCAGUGAGAGAGGAACAUGCUCAGUCAUCUGAUCUGCAAUCAAAUAGGGCCAUGAGCGACAGUACGCCAUCAAGAAUCGUACGGACGUGCAGUUUAGAAAAGUUUGAGUUUGAGCUUGAGAACUCCUUCAAUACACAAGUUGGAAAUGGGAACAUAACCGGCAAUAUUGAUUUAGAGGGGUUUAAAACGCCACGAAGGGGUCCCCUCCAAGGAGUAAGCUCCAAUUUCAUACGGCAAGGACGGAUGAUUCAGCAACAACCUGCCAGUCAAGUAGAGGCUGCAUAUCAUAGCCCAACUGAUGAACCACCCCAGAAACGGAAUCACGACAAAGAGGAUGAAAAGGAGAAUGAGGAAAGAAAUUGGAGAGACAUGAUGCUCUAUGGAUAG